AUGGCAUCUCGAUUGAUGACUCCUCAUUUAGAGGAGUCUGAGGGCUUGGAGGCGUCGCCUAUGUCUGUCUCAGCCUUCAAAGCAUCUCAGGACACUGCUUGCUCACCCGAUGACCGCGCUGCGAACGUUAUCGAGGAUGUCGUACAGGUGGAUGGCCCGCGCCAAGGACGGGGCGUCGUCGCGAGUGGGGGGGGCAGGCGUCAAGAAGAGGAUGUCAACGCGAUGCUCCCAUCGCUUUUGGA